CGAGAGUGUGUUAAAUUUGCUUUGAAAACUAUUUCAAAUUUAAAAGACAUGAUGAUAUCUUUCGCAAGAAAAUCACUAGUACACGGUAUAUGGUUCGUCGUAGUAGUACUCGCCAUCAUAGUCGUCGCAGCCGGAGAUGAAAUAUCGCCGGAGCCGGCAAUGUUUCCGGCGAUGUUUGUGUUCGGAGACUCAUUGGUGGACAACGGAAACAACAACCGCUUGAAUUCGCUCGCUAGGUCCAACUAUUUCCCUUAUGGCAUCGAUUUCGACGGUGGUCAACCCACCGGUCGCUUCUCUAACGGCAAAACCAUCGUCGAUUUCAUCGGGGAGUUGAUAGGGCUGCCGGGGAUUCCGGCGUUUAUGGAAACGGUAGACGGAGGAGUUGAUGUUCUCCGGGGAGUGAACUAUGCGUCAGCUGCCGGAGGAAUCUUAGAGGAAACCGGUCAACAUCUCGGAGAGAGAUUCAGCAUGAGAAGACAAGUGGAGAACUUCGAGAAGACAUUAAUGGAGAUAAGCAGAGGGAGAGAGUCAGUAAAGGAGUAUAUGGCAAAGUCAUUGGUGGUGGUUUCAUUGGGGAACAAUGACUACAUUAACAAUUACUUGAAACCAUCGCUUUUCCUCACCAGCUCCAUUUACGACCCUCCUUCUUUCGCCGACCUCCUUCUCUCCAACUUCACCUAUCAUCUCCUCGAAUUGUAUGAAAAGGGGUUUAGGAAAUUCGUACUAGCUGGUGUGGGUCCCUUGGGUUGCAUACCGGACCAACUAGCCGUUCGGGCGGUUCCGCCGGGUGAAUGUGUGGAGGCGGUUAAUGAGAUGGCUGAGCUUUUCAACAACCGCCUCAAGUCGUUGGUGGAUCGUCUCAAUUCCGAUGACAAAACCGCCCGCGAUGCCAUCUUUGUCUAUGGCAAUACCUACGGAGCCGCCGUGGAUAUCCUCACAAACCCCUUUGCUUACGGAUUCGAGGUGACGGAUAGAGGGUGUUGUGGCGUAGGGAGAAACAGGGGAGAAAUUACGUGUUUGCCCCUAGCUGUCCCAUGUGUUCUCAGAGAUCGACACGUGUUCUGGGAUGCGUUUCAUCCUACGCAAGCUUUUAAUGUCAUAAUUGCUCUUAGAGCCUUUAAUGGUUCCAAAUCCGAUUGUUACCCCAUUAAUCUUUCUCAAAUAAAAGCCCAAAUCCAAAUUAGAGAAGCCCAAAACAAGGCUAGUGACUGGCGCGGCCGGUUGAGAAAGAAGAUAAGCUUGGGAAUACACACGUCUGACCAUUUCAUUCUCUCCGGCGUGAUGGAAACAGAGGCGGUGGUUCGUACCGUCGCCGGCGUCGACUGUUUCGUCUCACUACCUCGUCAAAUACUACACGUGCUUCAGUCCACUAGCUCGUCUCCUCUCCCUCCGCUUCUCCCUGUCGAGCUCCGCUCCGGUGACCGCCGCUGGCCAGUUGCUUGGUCCGGCUCUAGCUCAUCCUCUUCUGCGAUCGAGGUCGCUAGAGUGUUUGCGGAAAGCAUUUCAUUGCCGGAUGGUACAGUUGUUCAAGUUCGAGUUCUUUCUAAUGUGCCGAAGGCUACUUUAGUAACAGUCGAACCAGAGACUGAAGAUGAUUGGGAAGUUCUCGAGCUCAAUGCAGAACUUGCCGAGGCAGCUAUACUCAGUCAGGUGAGGAUACUUCACGAGACAAUGAAAUUCCCUUUGUGGUUGCAUGACCGAUCUGUGAUAAGAUUUGCUGUGGUUUCAACAUUUCCACCAAAAGGGGUGGUACAACUUGUGCCAGGAUCUGAAGUGGCUGUGGCUCCUAAGAGACGUGAAAGAAAUCUCAACGCUAAAAAGGGUUCUGAUGCUUUUGAUUCGGAGAAAGAAUGUAACAAUGUGAAAGUCCUGUUACGUGUACAAGAUACCAACAGAUCAGCCUUUCAUGAAGCUGAUGUCAAAGGAUUUGAUGUAAGGGUAGCCCUCACGUCCAUUGCCUAUAUUCAUCCAGAAACUGCCAAGAAAUACUCGUUAGAAUCUCUUCAAAUGAUUUCGGUAUCCCCUCGAAUACCUUUGAAAGGUAGUGCGAAGAAGGACGAAGCCUUGGAUAUGAGAAACAGUGAAGCUUCAAAGGUGGUAGAGAAUGGCACUCAAAGCGCAAAGAAAGAUCCCCGUCGAGCAAUUCUUCGUCUUGUCUUUUCAGAUUUAGCUGCUAAAGGACAUAUAAUGAUGGUCGAGUCUCUUCGUCUCUAUCUAGGAGCAGGCCUUCACUCAUGGGUUCACUUAAGGGGAUGCAGUGAGAAUCUUAAGAAAGAAAUUCCUGCUCUUUCACUUUCUCCGUGCGUGCUUGACAGAGGUACUGAUAUGCUUGGCAAUCAUAUUUCUAAUAGAAAAAGCAGUCAUCCACUUUCUGGCCUGACUACCAAUGUAGAUGUUGUGGACUGGUCUGUGCAUGAGAAGGUUGUUACGGCUCUUUCAUCUGAGGAUUUGCAUAUUAAAGGAGAAGAAGAUAAUGCCUAUCAACUUAAGAAUAAGAAAGGAUUGGAAUGCCUUACUCGCCUGUGGUCAUUAGCACAGCUUGAUGCUAUUGCGUCAGUCAAAGGAGUUGAUGUUAGUUCGGUGAUUGUAGGAAGAGAAACCUUGUUCCAUUUUGAAGUGAGAGGGCUCGAAUCCUGUAAGUCCACAGACGGGCAGCCUUCUGUUAAUGAUCGUUUGGAAAGGAAGAAGGAAAAAAACGUUCCUUUAGAAAUUUUGUACGUAAUGACUGUCUCUGACGAGUCUUCGCUUGGUGAUAACUUCGCUGUGUAUGAGCUUACCUUGGAUAGAAGCGAGAAAAAGGACAAUGUGGAGCAUAUCGAGCCGGUGCUUGAGAAGAUGAAUCUUGAUGAACCUAUAAUUUUCUCCUCUGCUAAAGAAAGACACUGCAAUAAAGGUGUUUCCCCGGAUAUAUCUUCCUUAGCGUGGAUGGGCUCAAUUGUGUCGGAUGUUAUCAAAAGGAUGACCGUGUUGUUGUCUCCCGCAGCUGGAAUGUGGUUUAGCAAGUUCAAUAUUCCUUCACCUGGACAUGUCCUCAUAUAUGGGCCUCCUGGUUCAGGAAAGACAAUAUUAGCAAGAGCUGCUGCAAAGUACUUUGAAGAACAAAAAGACUUGUUGGCACAUGUGAUUCUGGUAUCCUGUUCUGCACUUGCCUUGGAGAAGGUUCAACACAUCCGUCAAGUCCUUUCUAGUGUAAUAGCUGAAGGCUUGGAACAUGCACCAUCUGUAAUCAUUUUGGAUGAUCUUGAUAGCAUUAUCUCAUCAUCUUCGGAUAACGAAGGAACUCAAGCUUCGAAUGCGGUUACGAUGCUUACAAAAUUCCUAACAGAUAUUAUAGAUGAUUACAAGGAAUACAGGACUUCCUCUUGUGGAAUUGGUCCACUUGCAUUUGUUGCUUCUGUCCAGUCUCUAGAAAAUAUACCGCAGACAUUGAGCUCAUCGGGAAGAUUUGACUUCCAUGUGCAACUGGCUGCUCCUGCUACCACUGAACGCGGGGCCAUACUGAAGCAUGAGAUACAAAAACGCCUUUUAGAGUGUUCGGAAGACAUAUUGCUCGAGUUAGCUGCCAAAUGUGAAGGAUAUGAUGCGUAUGACCUGGAAAUAUUGGUUGAUAGAGCUGUUCAUGCUGCCAUUGGCCGGCAUCUACCUUGUAAAUCCAAUAUAUCCAAAUAUCAUUUGGUUAAAGAGGACUUUACUCGAGCUAUGCAUGAAUUUGUGCCUGUUGCCAUGCGUGACAUCACAAAAUCUGCAUCCGAAGGUGGACGUUCGGGAUGGGAAGAUGUUGGAGGUGUGACUGAUAUUAAAAAUGCUAUCAAAGAGAUGAUUGAGUUGCCAUCGAGAUUUCCAAAAAUCUUUGCUAAGUCUCCUCUGCGUUUGAGAUCAAACGUUCUCUUAUAUGGCCCACCUGGUUGUGGGAAGACACACAUAGUUGGUGCAGCUGCGGCGGCAUGUUCUUUACGCUUCAUUUCAGUGAAGGGGCCUGAACUAUUAAACAAAUACAUCGGCGCUUCUGAACAAGCUGCAGCAGCCGCAGCACCAUGCCUACUCUUUUUCGAUGAAUUCGAUUCAAUUGCUCCCAAGAGAGGACAUGAUAAUACGGGAGUUACUGAUCGAGUUGUUAAUCAAUUCCUGACAGAAUUGGAUGGGGUUGAAGUUCUAACCGGGGUCUUUGUAUUUGCUGCAACGAGUAGACCAGACCUACUUGAUCCUGCACUACUAAGGCCUGGCCGGCUUGAUCGUCUUCUUAUGUGCGACUUUCCAUCCCCACCAGAGCGAUUGGAGAUUCUUACAGUUCUUUCUAGAAAGCUUCCGAUGGCUGGUGAUGUCGACCUAGACCCUAUAGCUCAGAUGACUGAAGGCUUUAGUGGAGCUGAUCUUCAAGCUCUUCUCUCAGAUGCGCAGCUUGCAGCUGUUCACGAGUUUCUGAACAGAGAAGAUAAGCCGGAGACCGGAACUACCCCAAUAAUAACCGAUCCUCUUCUGAAGUCCAUCGCUUCUAAAACUAAACCAUCGGUUUCCGAAACCGAGAAACAAAAGCUUUAUGACAUAUAUAGCCAGUUUCUAGACUCACGAAAAUCGUCAAGAGAAGCAAAGGGCAAAAGAGCAACCUUAGCAUAAUCAAAGGUAUCACAAAAUGGUUACAUAGUAGGAAUCACAUCAUGAGGUAUAGUUUCCCUUGUGAUAUACAUAUGCAUAGUGAUAAGCAUCAUAGCAAAAAACUGUUUUUGAGUUUUGAGAUAAACAUAGAUAGAGAGCAAUAAUGUUGGGGUCUCUUUAGAGGGUAAGAUCCAAACGGCUGUAAACAACUGUUGUGUAAAAGCAAGAUCCGGUUCGAUUUUGAGUCGACCCACACGACUAACUCGGUUUUGUUUGUUGGUUGUCCGAUGUGCAAGUAUUCGGAUGUUUCAUGUUUGAUGUUCAUGAAUCUCUUUAGAGGGUAAGAAUCAAGUCAAAUGGAUUAAAUCAUGAUUGUUAGUUUUUAACUUUAAAUGGAUUCAAUGGAUGACAGCCG